AUGUUCAUAAUUUCUGUUUACUCACAGCUUGUCUAUGAGCCAGAUAGAAACGUGCUGCGAAGGAAAGAAUGGGAAAGGAGGAAUCAGGAGGCCCAGCAGGACAAUGGCGCAUUUAACGCGAGCUAUUCCCUCUUCAGUGAACCAUACAAGACUAACAAGGGGGAUGAGCUUUCCAAUCGCAUCCAGAAUACGCUGGGCAACUAUGAUGAAAUGAAAGACUUGUUAACUGACCGGUCAAACCAGAGCCAUCUUGUUGGGGUUCCAAAACCUGGGGUUCCUCAGACAUCUCUCCCUAAGACUGAUGAACAUCUUAUUGCAGACUCGAGACCACCACCUCCUCCUCCUUCUAUUUCCAGCACCGCUUCUUCCACACCAGCAUCCCUAGCUGCCCAGCAGAGCAAAAGUACCACGAUGGGCUGGCAGAAGGCUGGGCAUAAUGCCACUUCAGAUGGCCAGCAGAGAGCAAGCAAACACGGACACCGGUCACUGGAGUCACACAAGGGUGACUUCAAACUGGCGAACCAAAAAUCCACUCUGGAGAAACUAAAACGCUAUGCACCAAGUCCCACCUCCUCCUCCUCUUCCUCCUCCUCUUCCUCAUCCUCCUCCACCUCCUCUUCCACCUCCUCUUCCUCCUCCUCGUCCUCCUCUUCAUCCUCCUCCUCCAGUACUGCCCAGCAAAGCUCGCUGAGGGCCACAUUAGGAGACAACAUCAACAGAGUCCAGCAGCCAGCAAAGCUCAGUUGUAGCUCAGAAGGAGGAACUCAAGUCCAAGAGAGGCCAGCAAAGCAUGGUGCGGGGCACUGCGUCCAAAACUUCCCCCCCUCUCUUGCUUCAAAGCCCAGUCUGGGUCAGCAGAAGCCCACAGCUUAUGUAAGGCCAAUGGACGGUCAAGACCAGGCUCCUGAUGAGUCUCCAAAGCUGAAGUUACCAGCAGAGACGACCAAGUCGUAUCGGGGAGUGCCUUCCAGCAAGCCUGAUUCGGCCAGGACCAAGUCAAAGAUCACCAAGUUCAGCAUUCCUAAGCAAGAAGAAGACAGUGGAACAGGAGAUAACAGCUGCAUUGAAGAAAUAUUGCGGGAGAUGACCCAUUCGUGGCCUCCACCACUGUCAGCUAUUCACACACCAGGAAAGGCAGAACAAAGCAAGUUUCCCUUCCCAAACAAGGAGUCACAACAGGGAUCUACAGGACACAGCAAUACAAGGAAAAGUGAUGUAGAGCCAAAGACCCCAGAGAAAAGCGCAACCCAUACAUCAAUGCUAGAAGAUGACCUCAAGUUAAGCAGUGAUGAAGAGGAGAAUGACCAGCAGGCAGCACAGAGAUCUGCUCUCCGCGUUCUAUCUGACAGCCUGGUGGUGCCGCAGUCCAAUGCCCGAGCCUCGGGACUCUCCAGCAAGGGGUCGAGCAGCAGCAGCUCCAGUGAAUCCGAGACCAGCUCCGAGUCCGACUCCGAGAGCGAGAGCAGCUCCAGCGAGAGUGACGGCAGCAAGCCCUCGCAUUACUCCAGCCCAGAGCCUGAGCCGCCCUCGUCCAACAAGUGGCAGCUGGACAAGUGGCUGAACAAAGUCACCCCUCACAAAGCACCCAUCCUAACCCACCACGAUGGCCCGGCGCUGGAAGCCCAUCCCUACUACGGCCGCGUCAAGGUAGAGCGGCAGGAAGGACAGAAGACGCCGGCGGAGGGCCCGGCCGAGCACCGCAGCGAGGAGAGCCGCACCGCCGCCGCCGCCGCCGGGGACGGGCCGCGGCCCAGGACCGCCAACAAAGCGCCGGGCAGCAAGGGCAGCCGGCAGAAGUCACCCCUCGCUGCCGACGGCGGGCCGCCGAGGCGGGCAGCAGGGAAGAAGGCACCGCGGCGAGCCGAGAGGAACUCCGCCGGAGACGGGCCCCCCUGCCCCAGCGCGGAGGAGCCCCCCCGGAGCCACGGCUUGGCCGAGAGCGCCGCUGGCGAGGCGCCCAGGGCCCGGCCCGCCGGCGGCGGCUGCAGAGCGGGGCACCGCCGGGAGCCCCGCUCAGCUGCAGCUGGGGAGAAGCGUCGGGCCCGAGGGCCCAGCAAAACGGCGCCCAAAUCCAAGGAGUUCAUCGACACCGAGUCUUCAUCCUCAUCGUCCUCCUCCGACUCAGGCUCUGAGUCGGAGCGGGAGGAGCGCCCGCUGCCCAAGGCGCCAGCGGCAGCCGGGCCUGAGCCGCGGGGUGCCAAGGACGCGGGGACCGGCACCGCCAGCAAACCCCACGGCGGCUGCAGUGCCUUUGGCUCUAUUAAUGCCAGGACUAGUAGUGAAAUAGCAAAGGAGCUGGAGGAACAGUUUUACACCCUGGUUCCUUUCGGUAGGAAUGAGCUCCUGUCUCCUCUGAAAGACAGUGAUGAGGUAAAGUCGCUGUGGGUCAACAUUGACUUGGCUCUUUUGUCCAGGAUUCCAGAGCGUUUGCCCGAAGAACCGCUGGCCAUGAGCGCCGGAGCAAACCAGGCGGCCAGCUUCCCGCAGGGUAGUAGUGCUGAACCCCCCGCAGAGAAGGGUUUACCGAAAUCUAGAAGGAAACGCAAGUGUGAAAAUGAGGAAGAGUGCAGAGACAUCAAGAAGACUCACUUAGAGCGAGAGAGUUCUUCACGAUUAGCUGCCUCUGCCCAAGGCAUCACAACAACAAAUCACUGCAGUAUGCAUGAAAAUAGCUUGGCAAUACCAAUAAAUAAAAAUGAGAAAAUGCUUCGGUCACCCGUCUCUCCCCUCUCUGAUGCAUCAAAACACAAAUAUUCCAGCGAUGAUUUAACUUCCUCCAGCAGACCUAAUGGCAGCAGUCUAUUACCUUCAAUCUCCUCCAGCAAAAAACAUAAGGGUGAAAUCCAGCCGCAGCCACAUCCUGGAGACUUCAGUAAAGCAAUUCACAUCAAUUCAGAAAAUGUUCUUCUCUGCAAUAAGCCACAGUUCCAAACAGAGCCUUGGUCACCUCUGUCUACCACACCCAGGGACUGCAGAAGAACAAAGCUUAUCUUUGAUGAUAUACCACGCAAUGCAGAUUACUUUAUGCAGGAAGCUAAACGGAAGAAGCAUAAAGCAGAUGCAAUGGUGGAGAAGUUUGGAAAGGCACUGAAUUAUACAGAAGCAGCACUAUCGUUUAUUGAGUGUGGAAAUGCAAUGGAACAAGGCCCAAUGGAAUCUAAAUCCCCUUAUACCAUGUAUUCAGAAACAGUUGAACUCAUCAGGUAUGCAGUGAGACUAAAAACCCACUCAGGCCCCAACGCCACGCCAGAAGACAAACAGCUGGUAGCAUUAUGUUACCGCUGCCUGGCUCUUCUGUACUGGAGGAUGUUCCGACUCAAGAGAGACCACGCGGUCAAGUAUUCAAAAGCGCUUAUUGAGUAUUUCAAGAAUUCAUCAAAAGCUGCUCAGAACCCAUCCCCUUGGGGUGCCAGUGGAAAGAGCACAGGAACUCCAUCACCUAUGUCCCCUAGCCCUUCUCCAGUCAGUUCUGUAGGAUCCCAGGGGAGCACGGGGGCCCCUUCCCCAUCUCCUAUCAUCAGCAUCCCGCAGCGCAUUCACCAGAUGGCCGCCAACCACGUCAGCAUCACCAACAGCAUCCUGCACAGCUACGACUACUGGGAGAUGGCUGACAACCUGGCCAAGGAGAACAGAGAUUUUUUUAACGACUUGGACGCAUUGAUGGGACCUAUCACCUUGCACAGCAGUAUGGAGCAUUUAGUUCAGUACACUCAACAAGGACUGCACUGGGUGCGGAAUAGCGCUCACUUGUCAUGACUGUGUGCCAUUCACAUGGACAGUAUCCCUUUCAUGGAUAAUUCAGUUAUUCUGGACACUGUGCUACAGAAAUAGUCAGCUACAGCAUUGAUCCAAACAAAGGUGAACAUUUCUUCAAUACUGAGCAAAAUUCUUCUGAGUGUAGACAUGUAUGUGCGCAGAGGUACAAUAUACAAUGAUGUCUCUUCAGAAUGAAUUGUUCUGUAUCACUCUCCAAACAUUUUCAUACACUAGAAAUACUACAAAGAACUGAUCUUAAUGCACAAACGUACCCUUUAUAUUCUUGUACUGAAAAAAACUCAGAAACCAAAAUCUUAUGGGUUGAUUGAACUAAGUGCAAUAAGCACAGAUCCCUAUUCAGGAAAGCUCACAAUAGAUUCUUAACUUUAAGCUUGUACUGAAAUCCUGAUGACUUCAGCAGAGCUUAAGCACAUACACAAGGGCUUUCCUGAACUGGAAUGAAUGAGGGCAAAUCGUAGACAUGGAGAAUUUUUACUACAAGCAUGGAUACGUCACAGAAGUUUCCAUAUUAAUGUGCCAUCUCCCUGUUACUUCUCUGGAGCACAGAGAGGAGUUGUGUAGUCCGCAUGUAGUCGGAGAAAGACAGCAUUCCUUCAUGUGCAAUAAGUUUCAACAAAUUGCAUGCAUUUCUUUAUCUCCUGUCUUCUUAAAUAACUUUAUGUCUCAUUCAGCUCCUCACCGACAGUGCAACCUACAGUAUCAAGCAAAAGGAAGGCCUGAAAACAGAUAUGCUGAUAGCAAGAACUUAAAAGAGAUGGUGGGAAAUUGCGUUCUGUUACUGACAGUAAAUAGAUAAGGAAAAAAUAUGACCAACAGUAAUCCACUUAGGAAGGAAAAUGUGUGAAUUUUGGCUGCACACACAGAGAAACAGAUAUUUGUAACAGUUGUUGGCUUUGCAUGGGAAGGCUUCAUCCCACAGAUUUUGACUUUCAUACCUUUUUCAUCUAGCAGAAGCUUGCAACAUUUUCUUCCAGGCUGUAUGGGAGCAUUACAUGCAAUU